AUACAUGACGUUGUAUCACAAACGUGGCAAUCACAAAGUUACGUCGGUCGCGCUGGACGUGGCCUUUAAAUUUUCAAGUGUACGGUUAUUUUUUUCAAUUAAUGUAAAAUGGCAAAAGAGAACAAAUUAAUCUCAAAAAUACCGCUACCCAUGGACCCUUUGCCGCCUAUACCAACGACUGCUUUAAAAAGAACCAAUUCUGUGAAAGUUGAACGUCAGCCAUUGGAAACUAUAUAUCACGAACCGGCAAAUCAAGGCAAUUCGCAACACAAGGGUGCAAUUCACAAGAAGAUUGUAAGGAUUUUGAAAAGAUCGAACAGUGCUGUGAAUAAAAUUGACGCAAAACAUGUGACUUUACGGCAAAAAAGUGACGACUUGGACUGGAAUUACAAAGUAUUUAAUGACAUAAUCGAUGACAAAAACAAAGGUACCUUGGAUAUCCCAAAAGACGGAGCAAGCAAGGCUCUGACUCCCGCCAUCAAGACAGCAGAGCCGUCCAGGGUGAGGAAUAUCAAAAGAAGCCUCAAACGACCCCACAGUCGGGAACUACAGGGUAUCUCUCCAGCUGUGAGAGACGACAAGGGAGAAGAGAAACACAAACGACGAUUAGUAUUUGACCGAUUUGAACAGUCGACAGAUUUCUGGUUAAACGCAUACGCGAAUAGUUUGAAUGAGACUUACGCUCCACAUGUGUUUUACUACUUGAUGAGGAAAGAAGAAAUGUAUGAAGUGCCAAAAAUAGCUAGCGAUGCGCGUACCUGUAUCAUGGACUGGCUUGUGAAAGUGAACGGCGCGGAAGGAAACCCAGCAACAGUGCAAACAGCGGCGUGGUACUUCGACUACUUGUUCACAGUCGCCCGCGCUCCAAUAGACAUGCUACAAAUGUUGGCUACGGCUUGCUAUUGGAUAGCACUGAAGGUCCAGGGCAAUGUGCUGACCUCAAGGACACUGAUUCGCGCCGCCAACCACGCUUUCGACGUUAAACAACUGAUUCACACCGAGAGAGCUGUAAUUACCAAAUUGAAGUUUCCAGUCCAUCCAGUAGUGGCACAGGAUUAUAUAUCAUAUAUGUCGUGGGUGUGCGAUGCAUCUAACUAUAUGGAACUUGAGACAGCAGCCACUUUGCUACACAUGGCCUUCCUGGUGGCAGAUAAACGGGUAUCCACACACUUACCGUCAUUCUCCGCUGCUGCAUCUGUUACAAAUGCCCUGUAUUUGCUGAGGAAAACGGAUUUGCUGCCAAAACUCGAGAAGAAUAUUGUAUACAAAGCAGCGUCGAGGAGGGAACCUAACUUCGAAAUCAUGUGCCAGAACCAACGGCACGCGCUUCAAAGAAUUUCAUCACCGUGUUACAAGUACAAAGCACUUCUAAAAUACUCGAAAGACCGUAUUUUGACAGAGAAAAUUUUGUCUAUUGUAAAUAAAUUUUAGCUCUAAGAACUUUAGACCAGCCGCAUACACUCGUUUUCCGUAUUGGUUUCCAAAUGCAUUAAUAACCGACUUCAAAAAAAAACGAGGAGGUUCUCUUCGACGCGUAUGUUUUUUUUAUGUUUGUCACCGCAUUACUUAGUCAUUUCUUAACCAAUUAUAUUUCUUUUUUGCUUGAAAAAGUAUAAUUUCAGAUUGGUCCCAAUUAAUUUUCAUGAAAAUCGGUUCAGUCAUUUUGUGUUAAAAUGAAAAUAACGAAAUUGCUCGUACGUAACAGUACGGGCCAUUUUUUACUAAUACCGAAGAUUUCAGAAGGUAGCUAAUACGAUGUUAUUUUUCGCUUUUUAGUUUAGUUUUUGUGAUUUUGAAGUCGGUUAAAUUUUUUUGUUAAAAAGAUUUUAUUUCGAUUUGGAAUUUCGUGAGACUACCGCAGACCGCGUUUUGUCUCAUUCGGAAUGUAUUAUUAUCGCUAGGGCGUUCGGAAUGUUUAUCCGUUACGAGUAUCUACGCGCGGAUUAUGUUCCGUCUGGAAAAAAAGGAGAUACAUUUGCGUCAUUAAUUUAUAUUACAUUGCAUGGUUUUCCGAACAAGGGAAACGGAUUCGGAAAAACGAAUGUAUGCGGCCGGCCUUAAUCAGUGAAUUAGUUAAUAAGAAAAAAUACUAUAAGAAUUUUAAAUGUUUGAUAUAGUUUAUUUAAUUAUGGAAGAAACUAGCGGAUGCCCGCGACUUCGUUCGCGUGAAACUCGAUGUAAACUUUCAAAUACCUCUACCCUACCCCUACCCUACCCCUAUACCCUACCCCUACCCUACCCCUACCCUACCGCUAUUCUACCCCUACCCUACCCCUAUCCUCCCCCUACCAUACCCCUACCCUACGCCUACCCUACCCCUACCCUACCCCUACCCUACCCCUACCCUACCCCUACCCUACCCCUACCCUACCUCUACCUUACGUUGAAAUUUUUCCUGAAUUUUCUUUGCUAUAAACCUCACGGAGCCCGAGACCUUUUCAACGAAUGCAAAACCGUGGAAAUCGGUUCGUGCGUUCUGGAGUUAUAGCGUCAGGAAGGAAAACCCGACUUAUUUUUAUAUAGUAGAUUACCACUACACCGAGCCAAACAGCACCGUACUGGUAUUGUACAGACGAAAAGAAGAAGAAGAAGAUUUUUUUUGGUAAUUUAAAACUAAGCUUUUAUUAUAAUAAAAAAUAAAAAAAAGCACACUGACCAAAUAAAGGUCUCCCACUGAGCAUUAAGGGGCAGGUAGCUGAGGCGCUGGUUACAGUUAAGAACAGAUAAAAUAAAGAAAAUUAUUAAGUCAAAUUUCAAGAAGAAGAAGAAGAAAUUUUUGGUAUUUUUUCUUUUGUUAUAAUAAAAAAAUAAGAAAAAGCGCACUGACCAAAUAAGGGUCUCCCUCUCAGCAUUAAGGGGCAGGUAGCUGAGGCGCUGGUUACAGUUAAGAACAGAUAAAAUAAAGAAAAUUAUUAAGUCAAAUUUUAAGUUAAAACUAAAAGCCUAGCAUAGCGAGAGCGUCUAAUGAUCAGACCUUCGCCAGACCAAAAUAAAUAAAUCAAUAAAAAAUCUUUGUAAUUCAAUAAAACCUGAAAGAGUCUCAACAUGCCCUUACCCUAAAAUACCAUAAGUCAUAUUCUGAGCUUUGGAUUAUGGUGACUUUGGGAGGUAGUAUGCAGGCUUCAAAAUUCCAACGAUAUAAAUUUUCGCCAGCAUAAUGCGGAUAAUAAUUUUUCGAGCUUUUCUUCUCUUUCCUUACUUACUUACGUUUUCUGUAAAAAAAACAAGCGGAUUGCAGGGAGCCGCUGGAUGCUGGCGGCUCGAGACCGUUCAUAUAAGAGGCGAGGCAUAAAUCCAGCAGUGGAAGUCCAUCAGCUGAUUAUGAUGAUGAUGAUGAUAGUGGUUGUUAAGGAAUUUAAUAUUAUCACCCUAAGCCUAUUUACCGGAUCUAAACUUUUAAUGUAUUUUUUCCGAAUAAUAUAACAAACGACGUUUCUAGUCGACACUUAUCUUUGGUCUUCAGGAAGCAUGAGCUGAUGAACUUUCAGCUUUUAUAAAAUGUCGAAGGUCUGGCCCUACAGGCGCGCUCUAACGCCGCGACCUCACUUAAAACUUUAUAUUUUCUUUUAUUUCUUGUAUAAUGAUCAUGCUGUCUACUAUUAUUAAUAACUAAAAUUAACAUUAUAGCAUUAGUAAAAUUACUCGUGCUACAAUGGUCUUCAUUACAUGACAGUGGCAAUAAACUAUUUUAUUUUAACUAGAUACCUAUACAAAUUAUGACAUGUUCCUUUAUUUACCUACAUUUUCUUCCCUUUAUGUCAACCACUGACGAUCAAUACGAUGUGCAUGACAUCAUGACGAUCGCGACCAACCGGCUGACAUUAGAUCCAUUGCUUCACAGACUCAGUAUUAAUUACACUGGACCCCCGGUAAUCCGACAAAUGUUUUGGAAGGCAGUGUCGAUUUGUCGGAUUAUAGAGUACAACUGCCUGCGACCCCUAAGUCCAGUUUUUUUAACCCCCUGUCCAGUUUUUUUACAAACGGUACCGGCAAAAUAAUCCGACAAAUUAUAGAUCCCGUGAUAAGAUUAUAGUGUGUUUUACUCUGAAGUACAAACUAUAUAUCAUUAUGUACGAGUAUGCCUAUAAUAUUGCUUACGUUUAUUAUAAAUUAUCGUUAUUAAUGCUAUCAAAAAAUAUACAAAAAUCAUGUCGGAUUUCAGGAGACGCCUCAUUAGAUAGGGUCCGGAUUGUAGGUUAUUAUUGGCUCCAUUGUAUUUAUUUUUAUUAAUAAUAUUAUGUUUAAUUUAAUUAUUACUUAUUAUGUAUAAAUACUUAGUUGAGACAUUAUAUUAUAAGAAUUUUAAUGCUAUUACUUACCAAU